GCUCUUUGCCUCCUUACCCUUUCUCUCCAUCAUCAACAACUUUUUUGUAUAUUGGAUUUUGCCAAGUUUCCCUUCAUUGCAAUUAGGGUUUUUCCCUUUUGAGUUGGCUUCAAUUCAUCAAUAUCAAUACUAGUGCUUAUAUGGCUUCAUCCAGCUGCUACAACUCCCCUUGUGCUGCUUGCAAAUUCCUUAGGAGAAAAUGUCUUCCUGGUUGCAUUUUUGCACCUCAUUUCCCACCUGAGGAGCCACACAAAUUUGCCAAUGUUCACAAAAUUUUUGGGGCUAGCAAUGUGACCAAGCUUUUGAACGAAGUCCUCCCUCAUCAGAGGGAGGACGCGGUCAACACUCUGGCCUACGAGGCGGAGGCCAGAGUGAGGGACCCCGUUUAUGGUUGUGUUAGCGCAAUAACUUUCCUCCAACGCCAAGUCGAGCGCCUUGAGAAGGAGCUCGACGCGGCGAAGGCGGAUUUAAUGCGCUAUGCUUCAAAUUGCAAUGAUGUGUCACCACCAUUAAUUGGUUCUCAUCAUCAUGAAGGAGAAAAUAUUGGAUCAACACUUCAUAACAUGGCAAUUAGUAGAAGAAUGGGAUAUGAUCAUCAUGGAGGAGGAGGAAGCUAUUUUCCUUGGAAUGAUCAAAACACCUCAGGAGGAGGAGGAGGAAAUAUUUGAAACCUAAUUUUCCUAAGGGGAAAAAUAAAUUGUGUGCUUUAUAUAAAUAUAUUGUUACUACUAGUGUGCUAUGGUUUUCUAGCUAGUUCUCUUCAUCACAUGCAAUUUACUAGCUAGACCAUAAAUUUGGUUCUUUUUUAUAGACUUUUUUGUAGUUUUGAGCUACUAAAAAAAGUCAUUGUCUAAGUAUUUUAUGGCUAUAUAUUGUGUCAUAUUCAGAGAGUCUAGUAAAACUGUCUGUGUGUGAUUGUGAAGUGUCCUAUUU